AUGCAAGAAAUCGCUGAUAGUCUUAAGCGGAUUGAAGGAAAGGUGGAUUUGUUGGCAACAAAGGUCGAUUUGUUGGCGAGAAAAGCAGAACUACAUGUUGAGAAAGUUGCUGCCAAGAAUACUCUUGCUAUGGCUGCUUCAGACAGCGACGACUCUUCGGACAACUCUUCUUCAGAUGAUGAACCUGCCAAGAAACUUGCUGAAGAUGAUGAGAAGGUGAUAUACUUUACAUCUCAUUCUUCUUAUGUCUUGAGAUUUGACUCUUCCCUUCCUGAACAUGAUAUUAAAACCGCAUUGAGUAAACAUUUCGGUUCAUGUGGAGAGAUCACAAGGGUUUCUGUCCCAAGAGACCAUGAAACCGCUGCUAUCAAAGGAUUUGCUUACAUUGAUAUGAAAGAAGAAGGCGUAAAGAAGGCAUUGGAACUUAAUGGAAGUGACAUGACAGGAUCGGAACUUGUGGUUGAGAAGGUUAUACCGAGAGAUAUCUACCGAUCUGGCGGCGAAAGUUUUGGCAGAGUUGGAGGCCGUUUUGGCAAUGUUGGCGGCCGAUUUGCUGGUGGUCGUUGUGGAGGUUUACAGCGUUGUGGCCGUUGCUGA